GGUACAGCAUGUGCAAAGGCCCAGAGGUCCCAUUCCACUCCGUCCAGUGCUCGGUCCUCCUCCUUCUGGCGCCUCUGUCCAUCUCGGACCGGCCUUCCCCAUUCAAGAUCUGGCCAUAGGCAUGAGGGGCCUCCGGCCGAGAUGAUAGUGCUGGCGCCAGCCUGGAGCCCGACUAGGGCGCCCCGCCACCCUGUGUCGCGCCCACAGACCUCCCUGCUGCUCCUGCUGCUGCUCAGCCCCGGCCUCCGCGGGACCCCCGACUGCUCCUUCAGUCACAGCCCCGUCUCCUCCACCUUUGCGCUCACCAUCCGCAAGCUGUCUGAUUACCUGCUUCAGGACUACCCAGUCACUGUCGCCUCCAACCUGCAGGACGACGAGCUCUGCGGAGCCUUCUGGCGCCUGGUCCUGGCCCAGCGCUGGAUGGAACGGCUCAAAGCUGUGGCCGGGUCCCAGAUGCAAAUCCUGCUGGAGGCUGUCAACACGGAGAUACACUUUGUCACCUUAUGUGCCUUCCAGCCCCUCCCCAGCUGUCUUCGCUUCGUCCAGACCAACGUCUCCCACCUCCUGCAGGACACCUCCAAGCAGCUGACGGCCUUGAAGCCCUGGAUCACCCGCAGGAAUUUCUCUGGGUGCCUGCAGCUGCAGUGUCAGCCCGACUCUUCCACGCUGCUGCCCCCAAGGAGCCCCGGGGCCUUGGAGGCCACAGCCCUGCUGGCCCCCCAGGCCCCUCUGCUGCUCCUCGUGCUGCUGCUGCCCGUGGGUCUCCUGCUGAUGUCCGCUGCCGGGUGCCUGCACUGGCGAAGGAGGGGGUGGAGGACGCCCUACCCUGGGGAGCAGAGGACACUGAGGCCCAGCGAGACGAGUCACCUGCCAGAGGACACAGAGCUGGGACUCAGAGGAAGUCAGCUAGAGACUGGUCCCUUUCUCGACGGCGCUGUCCUGCUCACUCUCUCCCCAGGAUGGAGGCAACGCCAGUCCCCAACGCCAGCCCCAGCCCCACCUAUCCCCCUCUGUACAAAGUCCUUGUCCCCAGGAAAUUGUAUAUAAAUCACCCUUUUCUACCA